AAAUGUCGUGUGGCGAUAACAUUGGAGCUAGUCUACGUGGAUUUAGGAAAAUCAACCGCCGAUGUUACUGUACAGCGACUGCCAACAUUUCCUAUCUCUCCAGUGGUAACAGGAGAGCUGUUGCCUUUACAGGAUUCCAGACAAUGAUAGCUUGUCAGCUUGAUACCCACCUCCAGGGCAGACUUGUGUGGAACGUAGGGCGGCCAUCAGCCAUGAGGACUCUAAUAGUGUAUGACAAGGAAACAUACACUAUAUUAUUUACUGCUCAGCUUGGCAUUCCAAACAGUUUUCUUCAAAGUGUCUUUGUAAAAAAAUUCCCAGACAAGGAAGCAAAAUUGCGUCUUUCUGCAAAAGUCAGCCUUAUUGGUGCAGUUGUAGAAUAUGGCUGUGAGAAGAAAGUGUCACAGUUCAGUACAAUCGGUGCUACCAUGUCAAUAGGAAGCACUGUCGGCGUUUCUCUCAAGAUCAAGUUGAUCCGAGGCCAACAAGAGUUCCACUUCCCUAUACAUCUGUCGGAGAACAUCAUUCCUGAGGCUAUUGUUUAUGGUACCUUCCUUCCACUAGCUACCUACUUUGUGGUGAAGAAGUUGAUUGUGGAUCCAUACUUAAAACGACAGGAGGAAGAAUCACAAGAAAAGAAGAAGGAAGAGGCAGCUGAGAAAAUGGCCGCUAAGAAAGACGAAGCCACAGCAACUGUGGAGCUAAUGAAGGAGUCUGUGGAACGAAGCAUCGAAACAGAGGAAAGAAAACGAGGUCUAGUCAUUCUAAAGGCACUGUACGGGAAACUGAUAUCUGAUGAUGAUGGAGAACUGUUGGAGGGCCAGUGUAUAGACGUGCUCACCCCCGUACAGGCCCUGGUACGGGACUCUCAACUUGUUCUCUCCGACACCAAAACAAAGUGUGAUAUACCUGGUUUCUAUGAUCCCUGCCCAGGCGAGACAAAAACACUGUAUAUACGAUAUAAAUUCAGGAAUAAGCUUCAUCAGGUUACGUUAGCGGACGAUGACGCCAUCCGACUACCAUUACAGAAACAUAUCUUAAAGGAGGAAGAAACUUGAAGGAGAAAAUGGCUUUUAAUAUAAUAUUUCAUAAUGUGUUAAAAACACCAAAAUCCAGGGUGAAUAACUCUUGAUUCAGGGUUCCUACACUUAGUCGGCUCAUAGUUACGAUUGUGGGUCAGGAUUAUAUGUAUUGUUUGCUUUCAGAAAUGUGUUUUAUGAUCAUAAGACUUCUUAAACUUUACCUGAAGGUUUCGUAAAAUUCAUGCAAACUUUGUGCCAAAGUAUGUUCCACCUCACCCGGUUGACCAUAGCUGUAGAUAGGUCAUACAUAGGUUUCAUUGUUGUAAACAAUUCGUAUAACUUCAAAGGAAUAUUCGGGUCAGACCUGAUUGAAUCCUGACUGCUGAUAUCAGAUUCCACAGCUAAUUGACCUGUGUUUGAGUUAUCCCUGACGGCCAUAGAGCUACGGUCCCUUCCUGUUUUGACAUUUUAUGAAGAUAAAAAGUUUGAAAUCUUUUGAUUUGGUUUAGAUUUAACCAACAUAGUAAGAGUGUUUGAACUUGUAAGUAGUCUCUAGUCUGACUGUGAAUGAUCAAUAAAUUAAUUUCCUAAAUUAUCUGGAUGUGGAUCAGUUAAAUUGCACAAACAUUUUCAAAGGUCAAAGGUCAGACACUUUUCUGUAAAAAAAAAAACUGGACACCGUCUGAUUCUGAUACAAUUACUGAUUUUUUUUUUCAUGUUCUUAUUCUUUCAAAUACCCUUUUUGAGGGAGAAUUGAAGUUUGAUACUGUUUUUCCAACGUCAUAUGAUUCAUUCUAAGUAUGAAUACCGCUAUGCAACAAUUUUCCACAAAAUAAGAGUAUGAACAAAAGCUUGUUAGGAAAUGAAGAGGAUUCUCUCUCCUACUACACUUAACUGCUACAAUUUUUUUGUAGAGAAAAAAAUAAAUCCAUCCCCUGCUACAAAGGGAAAAGAAUGCCAACUUGGGGGAAAAAAUGUAAUGGCUCACAAAAUGGUGAUGUCGUAACAUUAUAUAUAGCAUAGCCAGAUCACAAUCAAGUAAUGUUAUCAGUUUGUCACUCUCUAUAUAUAC